GUAAUACUGAUUCAGUAUUCUUAGUGAGAUGCGGGAGUGUUUUGAGUGAAAUGCAGAUAAUUUAAGCGAUUGUAAAUACUUGUACAUGUAAUUUAUACUAAAGGCUCACAAUAAUGAGAUAAACGCUGGACAUGCCACUGCAUCGCAUCGACAGAACUAAACGAGCCAUAAGCAUAAGCACGCGGGUCAACGACCACAGACAACGUGCGCACCUUACGAGCUGGCCAUGGAGCAACAGUCGUCUGUAUCCAUGCGCUGGUUGCGCCGCUACCGCGUAUUCUACUUAAUACUACUUUUCAUCAUUGCCAUCCAGCUGUUUUUGGCCUACAAAUCAGUUGACAUUGAUUUGACUGGGACACGGCGCACACAACGCGAUAUGCAUGACUCGGAGGCGCCGCCACCAGAACCUGUAGCGCCACCAGCUCAUGUCCAGGCGGCCGGAAAGAGCGCCCGCCUCACUUCUAGGGAAUUGGGCUUUGAGCCCGAAUGUGAUAUCAAUGCCAAGGAAGCAAUAUCGGCACUGCAGCGUGCCAAGACGAAAGACUGCCGUCAACAUAUCGCCCAUAUAGCCUGUGCCAUACAAGCUGGACGCUUCUAUGCCACACAUCUACAGAGUAGUUGUCCCGCGGGCAACCACACGGCCAAUGUUUCGCUGGGUUGCUAUCGCGACGAGAAGGAAUCGCGCCUACUGGCCGGCUACUUUACCAGCUUCAAAUCGUCCAAUUCACCCAGUGGCUGUGUCGAGCUCUGCCUGCAAUCUGGUUAUCCGUAUGCAGGCGUACAAUACGCACGCGAAUGCUUCUGCGGCUUUGACACUCCGCCCAGCUCCGCCAAACUGCCGGACUCCAGCUGCAACAUGAAAUGUUUGGGCAAUGCCAAGGAAAUCUGCGGUGGUUUCUUUGCCAUGAAUGUCUACGAAACGGGCAUUGCAAAGUUUACCCCACAACUGGCCGCCAGCAGCCCAGCGCCGGGGGAGGAACAGCGCGUCCGCAUUGCAUUUCUGCUGACGCUUAACGGACGUGCACUGCGACAGGUACAUCGACUGCUCCGAGCGCUGUAUGCGCCCCAACACGUUUACUAUAUACACGUGGAUGCGCGCCAGGAUUAUCUCUACCGCAAAUUGUUGGAACUGGAACCCAAAUUUCCCAAUAUACGUCUAGCACGCAAGCGCUUCUCGACAAUUUGGGGCGGCGCCUCGCUGCUGACCAUGCUGCUGCAGUGUAUGCAGGAUUUGCUGCAGUCCAACUGGGAGUGGGACUUUGUCAUCAAUCUGAGUGAAAGUGAUUUUCCUGUCAAGACGCUGGACAAGCUUGUUGACUUUCUGAGCGCCAAUCGCGACCGCAACUUUGUCAAGGGCCAUGGCCGUGAGACGCAGCGUUUUAUCCAGAAGCAGGGCCUGGACAAGACCUUCGUGGAGUGCGACACACACAUGUGGCGCAUAGGCGAUCGCAAGCUGCCUGCCGGCAUACAGGUGGACGGUGGUAGCGACUGGGUGGCACUCUCCCGUCCAUUUGUCACCUACGUAACAAAUCCAGCAAAGGAUGAUACCUUGUUGCAGGCACUCUUGCAACUGUUUCGACACACACUACUGCCAGCCGAAUCAUUCUUUCACACGGUGCUGCGCAACACACAGCAUUGCCACAGCUAUGUGGACAACAAUCUGCAUGUGACCAACUGGAAGCGCAAGCAAGGCUGCAAAUGUCAAUACAAGCAUGUGGUGGACUGGUGCGGCUGCAGCCCCAACGACUUUAAGCCCGAGGAUUGGGCGCGGCUGCUGGCCACGGAACAAAAGUCUCUAUUCUUUGCGCGCAAAUUCGAGCCGAUUAUCAAUCAGGCGGUGCUUUUGCAGCUAGAGGAGUGGCUCUACGGGCCGUACACCAGCGAAUAUGCCAAUCUGCAUGGCUACUGGCAGUCGCUCUAUCAUCACGAGGAUGCGCAUGGCGCUGGCGAUGAUCUGGCGCGUACUGUUGGCGAAAGCCUGAUGCGUCUCUCUGCGCAACAGGCCAAACUGCAACCACUGCAGCUGCUUGAGCUGACACAUUACCUGCAUCGGGAUCAGUACAAGGGAUUUUUGGUACGCUACAGCGUGCUGCGCGGAAAUGGCUCAAGGGAGCUGCAUCUGGAGACGCGCGUGCGACCCGUGCAGCACGGCAAAGUCGCAAAAAAUACACGUUUCAGCAAGCGCCUACGAAACUUUGAGGUUUCCACCGAUUUCGAUCAGAAGGAGCAGGUGGCGCGCAACUUUGCCAAGCUACUGGGACCACACAGUGACCUAUUGCUGAGCUACACAUAUCAGGGUGUGUCUGCCACACAGGAUGCAUCGCACUCGUACAAUUUGACGCUGCUCUGGCUGGACCCAUUGGGUCGGCUGCAGGACUUCAAUGAGCUGCAUGUGGAGGAGUCCCAAAUCGAUGUUAUCAAUCACUCCAAAACGCUGCUCAAGCAUCCUCUCACGCCGGGCAUAUGGACAGCCAAGCUAAUUGGACGCACUUCCAUCUAUGCGCAGCUCAAGUUUCUAGUCGCUCCGGUAGCCUAUGCCAAAGGUGUGUCGCUGGAGACUGUGGCAGCUGCACGGGCCCAAAACGGCGGUCUAGCCGUGUCACUGCCCGAGGACUUUUCGUUGCCUGUGGAGUGGCAACAGCAUCUGCCCAAUGAGAACGACGUCAUUGCGCUGCGCAAAGAAGCAUUGGCUAAUGCUGAAUUCAUUGGCCAACCAUUGCACAAUUGGAUCGAUCAGCUGGUCGGCAAAUUCUUCCAGCUGCGUGAAUCCUGCAUUGCAGAUGGAACAAAUGAGCUGCACGAGUUGCCGCUAUGUCGAGACACCGCCUGGAGCUCCCUGGCCGCGGACCCCAAGAGCGAUAUGGACGCGCUGCUCAAGCGUUGACAAUAGGCCAGAGUCAUAUAAUGUUGUUAUAGCCAUUUUCGAAAACGCUACCAUUGAUAAUUUUUUAGUUAUUCAUUUUGUUGUGUAAAUAGUUGUGAAUGUCCUCAUGUGUCUGUGUGUUGGUUUUUUAACCAUCUGUCUACUAUUCGUUUCAAUACUUAAAUGUCAUAGUUCAAAUAAGAAUUUUAAACUCAGAUAUCUGCAAUAUUAUGCUCAACGCACACAAACCUAAAAGCAGCCGAUUGUCUACUUAGCCCUUGCAUACGCUUCUAUGUAUUCCUUUCAGUAAAUAAUUGUUUAGUAUUAUAUCUGGCGUUAUGUGAGUAGCCUGAGAUUAACAAUUUUAUGGGACUGUUUCAAGUCCCUUAUGGAGAAUGAAACCGAUUUGUUUCCUUUUCUUUUGAGCCUAACUUUGAGAUUAAUGUGAAAAUGUAUAUAAUAACAAGUUUGACUAGAUAGAAUAUCUACAAUGUUAUGUUAUAUAGUAUAGUCCAUUAUAAUUCAGUUUACUGAUUGAGCCUAUGCAAGGGCAUCCGCAUCGGAUUUACCGUUUUAAUCUUAAGUGUUUAGUUUUUCGCACUUUGCCACAUUCGAACUUCUCUAAUUCAGAUUCUACAAAUUUUUAACGCACCUUAAAAUCUUUUUUCUUAUAGAAUGUUGUGAUAUAUGUAAAAUGAGAAUGAGAUUGGGACUUGCGAUCGUUUGUAGUGUGAAAGUGAGUGUGAGCAAGUUUUUAAAAAGAGUAUUACAAACAAAUUGUUAGGGUUUAAGUAACUAUGCGAUGCAAUUGUAACACUGGACAUACAUAUAUAUCUCUAGCAUGUAGUAUAAACUUUGAACUAUGCAACUAUAA